AAUGAGUCUUGCAUAACGGAAUUGAUAGUAAAUAUUUUUGAAAAUUAAAAUCAUUAUAUUUUUUAUUUUCACACGUUUUUUAAUAAAAUAAAUGGAUUUCUACAAAAAAAAACAUUAGAUUACUUUCGGUUUAAUAUGGAUCGGUAAUCCUACUUUUUGAAUGUAAUGGCCGAAGAAAUAGAAGAUUUUUAUGGGGUGUACUUACUGUAUUGUCUUAACGAAAAACACAAAGGUAAAACUUACAUUGGCUUCACCGUUGAUCCCAACCGACGCAUCAAACAACACAACAAAGGUGUGAAAAGUGGAGGUGCCCGAAAAACGAGUCUUCGUGGACCAUGGGAAAUGGUAUUGAUAGUCCACGGUUUUCCAAACGACAUAACGGCUUUGAGAUUUGAAUGGGCUUGGCAAAAUCCUAAAACGUCCAGAAGGUUAAGGCACGUCGGGCCGAAGAAAAAACCCGAAAAAGAUUAUGAUUAUUGUAUUCGCGUGCUGUCUGAAAUGUUGCACGUCGGUCCGUGGAAUCGAUUAGCGUUGAACGUGCGAUGGCUGAACGUGGCAUAUAAACGGGAAUUUAGUAUUAGCAAACUUCCACCUAUGCACAUGUCCAUGUGUUACGGUCCCGUAGUGUGUAAAAAAGUAACUACUCAGAAUGACAUCACCGAACUCGAUGACAAUGAAGAUCUCACAUGCGUGUUAUGCGCAAAAAACUGUUCAAUCGAAAACCUAUUAUGCUGUAUAAAUCCAAAUUGUCAAAUGAUUACACACACUGUGUGUCUUGCCAAACGGUUUCUAUGUGACUCGGAACACGUGAUACCUAUAGAUGGCGAAUGUCCGACGUGUAACAGUCACCUACUUUGGGGCGAUUUGAUUCGUAAAAAGAAAGGAUGCUACAGGAACUUAAACACCUAAAUAUGUUGAUUUUUAAAUUAAUUUUAUUUUUACACAAUCGUAGCUGUUAAUGUAUAAUUUUUAUAAAUAAUUGUUUCACUGUUGAAGUAAAACAAUAUUUUUCAAUUCUUGAAAAAUAGCUAAUGGUGGAGCCAUCAAAUUGUAAUUAAUUUUUGUUUUUGAUGUUUAUAUUUUGGACUACUGUAAAACUAAAUAUUGGUGCUUUUUUUUUUUUUGCUACCAAUUUAUUAAAUUAUUUUUAUUUUUUUUUUGAUACCCCAUUCGCUAAAAUAUUUAUAAACAAUUAUGUCGUAUGCCAGUUUGUAUGAAAUAUUAGACUAGCAAUUGUAAAAUUGAUUAAAUAUUUGUCUGCCAUUAUUGAAUAAUAUUAUAAUACUAACUGUUAACUGUAUUGCUUAAAGAUAGUUUAGGUAUGUACAAUAUACGUUGUUAUUUACUAACACAUUCCAAUAUUAUGCUCUUACGUCAUUUAUAAAUUUAUAAUCAAG